AUCGUUCUUGAACUCAUCGCCAUAUUGAUUCAAGUCUCUCGAAAACCCCAGAUUAGGGUUCUUGAUUUUCGUCUCUUCUCUCUCCAAAUCCAUCAAUUUUUUACUCCGAUUCAACUAUGAGUUCCACCAAGGGCGGUAGAGGGAAGCCGCAAGCCACCAAAUCAGUUACGCGAUCGCAUAAAGCCGGCCUCCAGUUCCCCGUCGGCAGAAUCGCAAGGUUUCUGAAGGCCGGAAAGUACGCCGAGCGUGUCGGCGCUGGCGCUCCAGUCUAUUUGUCGGCCGUGCUCGAGUAUCUUGCCGCCGAGGUUUUGGAGCUUGCUGGAAAUGCUGCUAGAGACAACAAGAAGAAUCGUAUUGUGCCGAGGCACAUACAACUUGCUGUGAGGAACGAUGAGGAGUUGAGUAAGCUUUUAGGAUCUGUAACCAUUGCUAAUGGAGGUGUUUUGCCCAAUAUUCACCAAACUCUAUUGCCUAAAAAGGUUGGCAAAGAUAAGGUCGAUAUUGGUUCUGCAUCACAGGAAUUCUAGGGCUUAUAGGAUUUUCAGUGUUUGCUUGCGUUGCAUUCCUUGCGUUCUCUGAGUUGUAUCAUCUUGAUUUUGAUUAGAUGCAUAUAUUUUUACAUCUAUGUGAGGCUGUUUGUUGU